GGGUGGAGCCGAACGCCAGCCCUGUCUGCCCCGCAGGUGUCGCCGGGCGUCAUCGCCAACCCCUUCGCGGCCGGUGCCGGCCGCAGGAACAGCUUGGACAGCAUCUCCUCCGUCGACCGGGAGAUGAGUCCCGAGGGCCUGGGCAAGGAGAAGGAGCUGCCUGGAUCCUCCCUGCCGACCCCGCCAUGGGGGCCGGAGGCCCCGGCCCCGCCUGGGACGCCUGGAGCGACGCUGGCCAGAGCCUCCUGCUCGCCCGGCCAGCAGCAGACAAAACCGGGGGUGAUCCAGCCGCUGGCUCAGGCCUGGCCUAGGGGCCCCCCGGCCCCCGGGGGCAGAGGUGACCCCCGCACUGUGAGUGCCCCGCCCGCGGGAGUGGGGUGUGGGAGGAGCAGCGGAGCAGCUGCCGCCCCCCCCUCCCCGCCCUCCCCCGACGCGCUGCCCACCAACGUGAAGCAGGCCUACCGCACCUUCGCCGCUGUGCCCGGCCCGGCCCUGCCCCUGCCCCAGGAUGGACCCGCGCAGACCGCCCUGCCCGGGCCCGCCGCCCCCCCGGAGCAGCUGUCCUUCCGCGAGCGGCAGAAGUACUUCGAGCUGGAGGUCCGGCUUCCCCAGGCCGAGGGCCCCCCCAAGCGCGUGUCCCUGGUGGGUGCUGAUGACUUGCGGAAGAUGCAGGAGGAGGAAGCCCGGAAGCUGCAGCAGAAGCGGGCGCAGCUGCUGAGCGAGGCGGCGGCCGAGGAGCCCGAGGAGGAGCUGCCCUGGGCCGGGUCGGGCCCCGCCUCUGGGCCCGGUCCGGUGUCCUCGCCACCCCCGGGGGGCAGCGCCCCGGUGCGGACGGCCAAGGCGGAGCGGCGCCACCAGGAGCGGCUGCGUGUCCAGAGCCCGGAGCUGCCGGCGCCCGAGCGGGCUCUGUCUCCGGCCGAGCGCCGCGCGCUAGAGGCCGAGAAGCGGGCGCUGUGGCGGGCAGCCAGGAUGAAGUCCCUGGAGCAGGACGCCCUCCGCGCCCAGAUGGUGCUGAGCAAGUCCCAGGAGGGCCGCAGCAAGCGUGGGCCCCUGGAGCGGCUGCCCGAGGCCCCCUCGCCUGCGCCCACCCCGUCGCCCACCCCCCUGGAAGACCUCGGCCCCCAGACCAUCACCUCCCCGGGACGCCUGUCCCCGGACUUUGUGGAAGAGCUGAGGUCCCUGGAUCCGUCCCCCAGCCCUGGUCCACAGGAGGAGGACGGAGAGGUGGCCAUGGUGCUUCUGGGCCGGCCGUCACCAGCUGCGAGGCCCGAGGAGGUGGCGCUGUGCAGCAGCCGCCGCCCCGUGCGCCCCGGCCGCCGCGGCCUGGGCCCCGUGCCCUCCUAG